CAGACUGUACGGGGGGUCGGGGGCUCCUAAUGUGGUUCUGUGGGUCUGGGAAGAGAGGUAACAGGGCCCUAAGGGACAGAUAACAGGGAGUGUUGGAAGGAGUCAAUGGGUCACUUGAUGGUGGUAUAAAAGUAAUUACAUGGCAGUUCUGCCCAGCACCACCCUCCCACCUGCAGCACGACAACAACAACGACGACAACAACACAUCUAGGGAUCAAGGCUGUUCUUAGGGGCAACUUUUUCUUACAGAGAAUUUAUCGUAAUGAAGCCCUGAUUCUGGGGACAUGUAUGGUGUUUGUUUCCAUGGUCGAACUGUCGGCUCCUCUGUCUCCACGCCCAGCUCUGGGAAAAGGCCUCAGGGCCAUUUGUCGGAGUGAAUUGCUGACACAGAUUGUCCAUUUCACACUGAACUAGAGCCCCGUGAAGCCAGCGUUGCAGAGACACCAGCCAGGCUGCCUUGUCAGGAGGAAAGGGGACCAGGAGUACAGGCCAGAUUCCAGGAGUAGCUAGAGGCUCCCAAACCCUGGGCCAUGUGCGUCUCUGGAUGCCAGGGCUGGAGACACCCAUUGCCAUGGUCACAAAAGGUCCAAUGCCUCCUCCGCAUCACCCUGGGAGUGAGCACCUCCUUAUAUUUAGGUCUUAAAUUUAGAGCGAGCGCCUCUUUAAAUUUUGUGCUCACCUCACAUCAGUCCUGGCUUCGCUGGAUGCCGAAACUUCUCUGUGUCUUAUAGACAGCCCUGCCUAAAUUUGGAAACCUGGCAGAGUUCCUAGGUCCGAUUCCACCAAGCAAGGACUGUACCCAUUCUCAUCCACGGGGCUGACAAGAGGCCUCGGAGAGAGCAGGUGGCCCACCCGUGCGGUCCUGGGAAGACAAACGCACAGGAGACAAGAUGGCCAAACCACUUCUCACACACCCGUCCCAUUUUUCACCCAACACCCCUCCUUCCAAUCGAAGGCCACACAUCAUGCUCAUUUCUUGGCUUCUGAAAUACCCCAGUUCUGGAAACUAGUCCCCUGGAAAAACAUUUGGGAAGCUCCAGACCCUCAGUCAAAACGGCCUUGGAGUCCUGUAUCUACAUCACAUGGCACUGUGGGGCCUCCCAAAGACAGUGCGUUCCCAGCACAGUUCAGUGAGAACAGCAGGUGGGGAGCUGCCAUGGCAAUGGCUGAUGUGGCUGUCUGGGGUGAGUGCUAGAUACGAGUCACAGCGUUCUCCCGCAGUAGACGGGCCUCAGUGUUUGCUUUCCUCACUUUUUCCACUGGGAACCUUUGUAAAAUGAAUCUGCAGAAGGGAACUGCUUUGGAUGAGGCAGAGCCUCACCGAUCCUGCAUGAAAUCCUAAGCUAUUAUACCAGCGAAUAGGAUCCUAGAGACACCACCCCCACUCCUAAUGAGCUGCCUCUCCCGGCCCGUGCCCAAAGUUGAGCAGGGGGACAGUUGCUACAGGACCUGGGAGCCCACAAGUUGGCUUUCUGACAACCAAGCUGAGGAGCGGUGAGAAGGGCCAGAGGCCCAAGGGGCUUUGGGUGCACGCUCAACAUUGAGAGUCAGAAUAUAGACCAGACCAGACACAGGGACUUCUGGGCCAAAAACCUCAGGUAGUUAAGAAGGUAGGAUAAGCUGCUUUUCCAGUUCUGUGGCUGCCUAAUAAAACCACUCCAAAACUUAGUCGCUUGAGGCUACAACAAUUUUAUUACGCUCAAAAUGUUGUGGCUCGGGAAUUCAGGCAGAGACAGUGGAGACGGCUCAUCUUUGCUGCAUGACGAUGGGGUGGCUGGAAUGACUCCUCAAGGGCUGAAUGUCUGGAGCUUUGGUUCUGACUGUUGGGUUGGCUCGUCCAUUUUUCUCCACUUGGUACCUGCUGGGGCUGGGACGUCCACGGAACUUCCUCACAGAAACUUGCCUGGUGGAGAGGGCUGAACCAGCUGGGGCUGGCUGUGUAUCUGUCUGUCUCUCUCUUUCUCUGGCGUUCCCUCUACAUGGCUUCCUCGCACACGAUGGUCCCGGGAGCAUCAGACUUCUUACGUGGUGGGUGGGUAGCCCCAGAACAGGCAUUUUAAGAGGCCUGGGUGGAAGCUCUUUGUGAAUUAGCAGUGUAAGUCCUUGAACUGUCUACAUCAUUCUACUGAACUGAGUCACUAAGGCCAGACCAUAUUCAAAGGGAGGGGAGUUAGGCUCCACCUCUUGAUGGGAGGCAUUGCAAAGAAUUUGUGGGCAGCUUCCAUUAACACAUCCUACUGUAACAAAGAAACCCCAAACCACGUUGCUAAAGUUAGGGGUAUCUCUCUCACCUAACUGUGUAGGGUACAUGGGUGUCCACUCUCCUUUUCUGCCAUAGAGCCCAGCAAUUAGUUUAUCAGGUGUCUGGGAGUGUGGCUGCCCCAGGGAUCCGUGGGAACAUCUCCACAAGACCACCCCUGGCUCACUUACCUUAGUCAUGGCAACUAGUGUGACCUUCAGAGGCCCGGGAGACCUUUGGGGAGAUAAGUGCUAGGGAGAAGAGCAAGUUCUCGUAGAAACAAGUCCAAUCCCCAGGGUACGUGUCUGCACCCAGGCUGCAGGGACAAGGGUUUUCCCAGCACCACAAGGCACAGCUUUCUCAAUGGACUUGGCUCCCUUGGAGGAACAGGAGGAAGUUGCAAAGUACAAGAGGACUUGAGGGUGUGGGCCCAGGAAGCCACACUGUCACUGCCCUAGUGUGGAACGUGUGGAACCCGUGACCUUACCUGGUCCCAGGAACUGCACAGAGAAGCCCAGAGACGAGGCCCUGUCCCUUUUCAGCGACGGCGGUUCCAGGUUCUUAUUCAUGCUGCUCCACGCUUCUGGUAUCACCUUGCCUUCCUUCCCUGCAGAACCGUCCUCGGCUUCCAGACAGAAUGGAGCCAGCACUCGUCCUGUUCCCGGGGUGCCGGGGUGCCGUGGCCUCUUCCCACCCUCCCCCGCUCUUCAUUUCCUGGGUCCGCGGCAGUCUGCCCAAGCCCCAGGGUAUAUUUCCUUUGCACCGCUGUGCUUUACCCAGGCCUGGCACAGAGGAGGUGCCAUAAAUGAGGGUGCAGGCUGACCGCUGGGGACUUUGGACCCUGGCCUAUUAGGACAACUCUUGGGUCUCUGGGGGGCACUGCCCUGGGCAAGGAGAUUCAGCCACGGCUACUUCUGACAUUCAGAAGACGACUCUGCUCAGACUGACGGCCCCUUUCCAGAGGCCUGGGGUGAGGGUCAGAUGGGUUACUACCACACUGAGCCAGAGUUUAGACAUUCGGCAGAUCAUCGAGGCAGUGAGGCAGGAGUUUCCUGACUCGUUCUGUGGCAGACAUUAGAGAAAUCCAUUCACAGCUGGGUUUGGGGGACACAGUGGUCCAGUGCCCAUGGCAAUGAGGGUGUCAUCCAUGUAACACCCCCAUCACCCCAUGUGAGGGCCCCCCGGAAAUGUCCUCCCCACCAGCACCAUUGUCACCAGAGUCCUUCCUCUGCUGGGGGUUCUUGGGGCCCCUGGGAAUCAGUCCUGAUUCUGGCUGCCCUCUGCCCUUUACAACAGCAUGCCCCGGGCAAGGUGCCGCACCUCCAGGAUGCGUGCUGGGAUUUUUCCAUAAGUUACAUGAGGGAGGUCGUGCAGACUAAACAAGAUGCACGUAGGGACCUACUGGAAUGUGCCGGCACGUGCCGGGACCUCCCUGAGAGGCAGUUGGGUGGUCACGUCCAGGGAGGCUCCAAACCCAGACGCCUUCUGGUCCCACCCUUCCGCCUUCCACUGCCCAGAUGAAAACCAGGAUGAAAUGGCAAGGCACGCCCUUCUCUGUGCCUGGUCUGAGCCCCCAGACAGAACCAGCCCUCCCCUCCUAGGGUCCUGUGCCUACUGGCACCCUAGUAUUAAACAGGGGAGCAAGGGCACCUGGGCACGCCAGCAGGAGCCAAAACCAGAGCUCGUGGCUACCAGUGUGCUAGGAGAUGGGGAGGCCAGGAGCAGCCAGACCACGGUCCUGUCUCUCGGUCACCAAAUCACGUCUGCUGCUUGAUCUCAGCCAAUCACCAAAGCCUCUUGCCCUGUGUGCCCGAGGUCAGGAUGCUUUCUGAAAUGCCAAUCUGAACAUGUUGCUCAACUUCUCCAAAACACUCAAGGCCCUCCCUGCCCAUCCUGUGGGGGCUGAUAUUUAAAGACCCACCCGCCAGCCUCAGUCCACAUGGACUGCCCAUGGCCCCCUCUGAGAAAAGAGAGAGCUCUCUCUUUUCUCUGCUGUUCCAUUGAUUUGUUUUUUUAAUCGCAGACCAGUGCUGCCUCUACAGCAUUCCUAGAAUGCCCCCCUGACUACUGACCUUCUGUUUCCAUCAAAAGGCAUCAAAAUACCUCUCCACAGGCCUAACAAACCAGGGCAAAGGGCUGUUUCCAAGACCCUUUCCUGCCACCUGCUGGCCACUGGCCACAAAGCAUGCGAAUCUACAAAUGUGAACGAAGCCACCCGCCGAAAGUUAACAAGCGACUGAGCAACUGUGGUGUGCCUGGCAUCAGUUAGCUUACUGAAUCCUUAUAACCAUUCUGUGCAAGAGGGAUGACGAGGAAACUGAGGCUCAAAGAGAUUGCGUGCCUCAUCUAUUAACCGGCGGAUGUGAGGUUGAAAUGCAGGAAUGACCUUGGUUGUGUUGAUCGGCGUGGGCACUGAGACCUUCCUCCAGGGACGGUUCAAAAGCCUGGCUUUCUAUUUGCUGUUUAUAGGAGCUGUCAUCUCUGUGUGUGAAGGGGCCUACUUUGUGGCUCAGCUGCUGACCAUCUGCUUCCAGUGUCGGCCAGCGUCCCUGGCCUACAAAGCAAGGGAGAAAGCCCGCUGGUUGGGCUGCUUCCAGAAGUUCCUGGCAUACAUGCUGUUGUCUGUGGCCUGCUUUCUCCACCCUGUCCUGGUCUGGCACGUGACCAUCCCAGGCUCCAUGCUCAUCAUCACUGGCCUGGCCUACUUCCUGCUGAGCAAGCGAAAGAAGAGCAAGGCCAAGCCCGAGGCGCCCGCUCCCCCAGAGCAGUACACGGACCCCUCCGGCAGUGCCGUGAGCACCACUGGCUCCGGGGACACCGAGCAAACGUACACCUUCCACGGGGCCUUCAAGGAGGGGACCGGCUCCCUCUUCAUCCACAUGAAGAGCAUCCUGAAGGGGACCAAGAAGCCCGGUGCCCUCCAGUGCCUGGACACCCUGACAGAGCUGACCCUGGAGCCAGCCGACUCGCUGGUCAAGAAGAAGCAGGUGCACUUCGAAGACAGUAUGGUCAGAAUCAUCCCGUCUCUCACCGAAGACCUGGACGGGGGGGACAGCGAGCCAGAGGAGACCACCUCUGACACCACCCCCAUAAUCCCUCCCCCGCAGGCCCCUACCUUCCUGUCCUCUCUCACAGACGCCAGCCUGUUCUGAGCCGCAGGCUCCAGCCUAGGGGACAUUCAGCAAGGGGUCUGCAUAGAUCGAUGGCCCUGACUGGAGUUUCCUGACAUCUGAGGGCCCCCCUCCCAGGGAGCUUGGGGUCUUCACAGGUUAGUGCUUCAAGGGGUGACCAGACAUCCCCGUGGUAGCUGGGCUUCUGGGACCAUCAAGUGGCAUGGCAUAUCCUGGAGAUGCCUCUGGCAAGGCACAGUUGAAGCUCGUGCUGUCUCAAGCCAAUAGGAGCUCCUCCUUCCUGGCCAGGGGGUGGGGAAGUCCCCGUGCUUUCCCCAAGAGAGACCAUCGGCCCCAUUUCACACAAGGCUGCUCCAGCCCCAAGAGCCAAUGAGCUUCUCUUGCUCCUGACACGGGGCCCAGCAAGGCCUCUUUGUCCAUCUCGCGUCAAAUGCCGCAAUCCAGCUCUGAAGGCCCAAGGAUGCGUGGGCUAUUUAAGCAUCUCAAAGGCAGGUGUGAAGGCAGCCAUAGACCCCAAGCCCCAGCCGAGCGGGCUCAGUAUGUGCAGGGAAGGCACGGCUGCAGGCCUUCAGGAGGGGGGCAGCUCGAGCAGUGGGCCGCAUUCUCUGCGUGCUCUGGGGCUGGCCCUGUGCCGCCGGAGUUGCACAGCCGCUCAGGGACACAAUGCCACACUAUGCUCCCUGCAGGGAAAACCAGGCCGGAUGAGUGAGGCUCAUUCCAGAAGCAUCACUGAGGACUCCCUGCCUCCCCACCACAUAAACUUUCCCGAGAUUCCAAGUAGAUGAUGUAAACUGAAAGGUCCUGAAAGCCGACGACAAUCCGGCGGUGAAGACCGCAGCACAGGACACAGUACCUCCGGCAGGCAGGGACCACGGGGGUGGUGCCCUGGGGACACUCAGCACAGAGAGGUGGCCCCGCCACGCGUGGGUGCGGGUGCGUGGUGGCAGAAUAGGUGACAAAUGCACAUUUGUUUAAAAUGUAAGGGGGGGGGAAGAGGAAGGAAAGAGGGGGGAGAUAGGAGAGGGGGCGGGCAGGCUAGCCCUCUGCCCCUGGGCUGUGGAAGUGACAGUCCGCUUAGAAUGAAGGAAGAAAUUCGAAUCAGACCUUCCCUAAAGGAUUUUCACCGUGGUAUUUGUUUCUAAAGAGCAUCCUCUGGUCUGUGGGAUUGUGGCAAGGAGGAGCAGACCCGUUACUCUUGGGAAGCAAGCUCGAUGAAUGGGCAAGCUCAAAAAAAUAGUUACACUGUUGACCAGUUUGUGCCACAGCAACUCCUCCAGCACUCGCUCUAGGUUCUGGGUAAGAAACAUGUGUUCCUUCCACAUCCCCUGGGAGUUACACGGCAAAUGUGUGGGACUACAGCCAGUCCGGUCAUCACUUUGGUGCCAGAAUCCCAUAGGUGUCGCAAACGAGCAGCCCUCUUCCUGCACGAACCCAGGUCUCCUGUAAAACCAAGUGAGAAAAAAACAAAGAAAUAUGUUCCCAUGAACCCUCGAUGCCGGAAGCGGCAGAGCUGUUUAGCUGCCACCAAAGAAGAGCUUCAGGGUCCCAGGGUCCACGGGGGAGAGUGAAGAACAUUGGUAGACAGGGACGGCCCCCAGCUCCUACCGGGCCAGGUGUCCCAGGCAGGCCCCCGGUGCACAGAAGGAGCCCACGUGGAGAGGGGGCAGGGCUCCUGCAUCCGUCACACGUGGAGGGGGACAUGAUGGGCACAGACACACUCACAGCAUAGGCGUGGCGGGCUUCUGGGGAACCCCAAAACUUCUGCUCUGUUCUCAGAACCCAAGCCAGUAGAGUGGAAUGGAUGCCCAGGUCGCAAGAAGCCAACCCCGAAGGGUGAUGUCAGAGCAUCAGAUUUCUAAUAAACUUCUGUAAACCCAAGGGCUAGAGCAUUGCUUGGUAUGGUCCCUAGAGGGAGCUGCACGUUGGGGGUUCCAGGUGACACGGUGUGCGUACCAUCCUGUGACAUCUGGGCUUCCUGGUGCCCGUCCUCAGUUAAGGGAGAGUCUGCAGGGCUCUGGAGCAAGAGGUUCUGACAGUUACAGCCUCGCCUCGCUCAGCAAAGUAAAGCUCUCACUCUUACUGCCGCCCAAAACCACAACAAAGCUGGGAUGAGGUCGGUAAAUAGGCUGCAGCCCGUGCCUCUGUCAGUAGACCAGACGAGAAAGUGGCACCUCGUGAGAAGCCGAUGAAUAAUAACACAUGUCGCCAUUUGACUCUCGGCCGAGACACUCUCCACCCACAUCCUCUUCCCCUGCUAUCCCUGUGAAGAUGGUAUAAUGACCCUUAUCCCUGACAGGGACAAAGACCAGAGAGACUGACCCUAGCCUGUCCCGUUCCCUUUCUCAGCAGAAAGUGGAGCAGACAUUCCGUAGAUGUGGAACAGGGCAAUUGGAAGUAGAACAGCGUUGGGCUGGGAUCAUUGGCUCUGCCUCUAACAUGCUGAUUGACCUUGGCCAGCCUUCCUCAGGUCUCUGGUCUCGGGUUCUCCCCGUAGUGUGUGGGAAGAACAGCUUUCUCUCAGUGUUGGUGCAAUGACUCAACUGAGAAAAGUGGGGAAAAUGAUGUUCAGAUUACACACCACCCAUGUCCAACGUCCCCAUCGCUGUGGGGGCCUCACACUGUGUGUGAGUGCUCUUCAAGGAGGCCCCAAAGUAAGGAAGCACUGAGGAAACACCACCAGCAUAUGUCUCAGUGGCAAGGCCACUCCAGUGUCCAAUGCUUGAGCCUCGGAAGAGUGUAGCCACCAUCCUCCAGCUUCGACAGAGAGCCACAGCGGACCCUCAAUCAUGAGGACCCAUGCCCUGGGGACCAUCCAAGAUGUCCUCUCUGACUCCCAUCAGUACUAAGGGUUGUUUUCCUUUUUUUUUUUUUUCCAUUUUUUAGUUUUUAAGAUGUAUUUAUUGAGAUAUAAUUCACACACCAUAAAAUUCACCAACUUAAAGUACACAAUUAAAUGGUUUUGGGUUUUUGUAUAGUCAUCAUCAGAUUCAUCACAAUCUAAGUUCCCAAAAUUUUCAUCAUCCCCCCCAAAAAAACCUGGUACCCAUUAGCAAUUACCACCCCAGCCUCACCGAAAGCAACCACUAAUCUACUUUCUGUCUUUAUAGAUACUCCUAUUCUGAACAUUUCAUAUAAAUGGACUCAUAUAAUAUGUGAACUUUUUUACUUGCUUUGUUGACUUAACCUAAUGUUUUCAACGUUCCUCCAUGUUGUAACAUGUAUCCUCAUGUUACCCCUUUUUGUAGCUGAAUAGUAUUCCAUUAUAUGGAUAUGUCACACACACACUGUGUGUCACUGUUCAUCUGUUGAUGGACAUCCGGGUUGUUUACACUCUGUGCCUAUCAUGAACAAUGCUGCUAUGAGCAUUCAUCUACAAGUUUUGAGGUGGAUAUAUAUUUUCAUUUCUCUUAGAUGUAUGCCUAGGGGCAGAAUUGCUGGGUCAAACAGUCACCCAACAUUUAACUUCUUGUGAAACUGCCAAUCUGUUUUCCAAAGGUGCUGCACCAUUUUACAUUCCAACCGUGUAUGAGGGUUCUGGUAUCUCCACAUCCUCACCAACACUUGUUACUGUUUGUCUUUUUUAUUACAAUCAUCCAUUCGCUAUGGUUUUGAUAUGCAUUUCCCUAAUGACUCAUGGUAUUGAGCAUCUUUUCAUGUGAUUAUUGACCAUUUUUGUAUCUUCUCUGAGAAAUGUCUAUUCAAAUGCUUUGCCUUUUUUAAACUGAGUUGUCUUUUAAUUGUGAGUUGUAAAGGUUUCUUACCUAUUCCAGAUACUUGACCCUUAUCAGAUGUAUGAUUUGCAAAUAUUUUCUCCCUUUCUGUGGGUUGCCUUUUCACUCUCUCGGGGGUGUCCAUGAAGCACAAAAGAUUUAAUUUGGGGGGAAGUCCAAUUUACCUAUUUCUUUUCUUUUGUUGCUUAUUCCUUUGUGGUCAAAUCUAAGGGGCCAUUGCCUAACCAAAGGUCAUGAAGAUCUAUUCCUAUAUUUUCUUCUAAGAGUUUUGUAGUUUGGGUUCUUAAAUUUAGAAAUAUCAGCUUGGGAGUAAUUUUGAGCAUGUUGUGAUGUGGAAUCUAACUUAAUUCUUUUACUUAUGGAUAUCCAGUUGUCCCAGUACCGUUUGUCAAACUAAAUUGUUAACGGCGCCUUUGUUGAAAAUUCACAGACCAUAUAUUUCUGCACUGGUAA